AUGCGCUCCUAUCUGCCGAGCCUGUCCCGGCAGCGGCUGGCCCACAUUGAGGUGGGGAUCAGAUUGGCGUCCAGCGUCGCUGACUUGGGCGAGUUGCAAAUCCGUCCCCUCAACGACAACGAGGAUUGGCGCAACAACUGGAAGCAGCACUUCACCCUGCUUCGGGUGGGUCACAAUCUGGUGAUCAAGCCCUCGUGGAUCGAUUACGAAGCCCAGCCUGACGACGUGCUCGUCGAGCUCGACCCGGGUUUGGCUUUCGGCACCGGAUAUCACCCCACCACGUACUCUUGUCUGGAAGCCCUCGAAGAAAAGGUCCGCCCCGGGAGCACCGUCCUCGACGUGGGAACCGGCUCCGGGAUACUGACCGUCGCGGCGGCCAAGCUGGGCGCCGGCCACGUCACUGCGGUGGACAUCGACGGACACGCGGUCCGCGCCGCCCAGCGAAACUUCCGGCGCACCGGCAUUUCGCACCUCGUCAACGCCCAAUCCGGCAGCGUCCCGGGGGCGGCUACACGAGGCUAUAGCUACGAUAUCGCCGUUGCCAAUAUCAGCGCCCGGGGCAUUCGGAUGGUAGCCCCGGCAAUUCCUGAUCUCCUGGCGGUGGGAGGGGUGUUUAUCGCCUCGGGCAUCAUUGUGGACCAACACGACGAAGCGGUUUCGGCCAUUAACGACGUUGGGUUGGUGAUUGGCGAAAUCCGGCAAAAAGAAGACUGGAUCACCAUCCUCAGCGGGCACAAGUAG